AUGGCUUUGAUGAAGGUCAAGUUUGAUCUGAAAAAGCGAGUGAAGCUCGCUCAGACAGUAUGGUUCAUGUACUGGUUCGCUGUAAUGGCUGGUGUGCUGGUCUUCAGCAUGGGCCUAUUCUUUAAGAUUGAGCUGCGGAAGCGCUCAGAACUUAUGGACAACAAUGAGAGCCACUUCUUGCCCAACCUGCUCAUAUUGAUGGGUCUAUUAGCCUGUGGCAUCAACGCCUUCGGAGGCAAAGUCUGCUACGACUCUCUAGACCCUGUAAAGUUUGCAAAGUGGAAGCCUAUGUUGAAGACCUUCUUGGUGUUCUGCGUGGGUUUCAACGCCCUGCUUGUUGUGACGGCCCUGCUGUGUUUCUUGAUGAGGAUCCCUCUGCAGUUCACCCUGGCUGAGGGUUUGAGGAACGGCAUGAAGUUCUACAAGGACACAGACACACCGGGGCGCUGCUACAUGAAGAGGACCCUGGACCUGAUGCAGAUGGAGUUUCGUUGCUGCGGAAAUGACAACUACAGAGAUUGGUUUGAGAUUCAGUGGGUUAGCAACCGCUACCUGGACUUCGCCGCAAAGGAAGUCAAAGACCGCAUCGGGAGCAACGUGGACGGCCAGUAUCUGAUGGAUGGAGUCCCAUUCAGCUGCUGUAACCCAAGCUCCCCCAGACCCUGCAUCCAGUAUCAGAUGACCAACAACACUGCCCACUACAGCUAUGACCACUACACCGAGGAGCUAAAUGUGUGGAAACGUGGCUGCCGUGAUGCCAUGCUGUCUUACUAUGGGGGCAUGAUGAACGUCAUUGGAGCCCUGGUGCUGCUGGUCACUUUAGUUGAGAUUGCGGUGACUGUGGGCCUGCAGUAUGUGGACACCUCCCUGUCCACUUUGGCUAACCCGGAGGACCCAGAGAGCGAGAGCGAGGGCUGGAUCCUGGAGAAGACAGUGAAGGAGACGUUCACCGACAUCAUGGACAAAAUGAAGGCCAUGGGCAAAGGUAGCAAGGUGGAGGAAGGGGAUGAGGCAGCAAUUGCAACGGUUAGCUGA